AUGGAUUAUCCUCGAAGGAGAGGGCGUAGAAGGAGAAGUGACACUUUCGCAUCUCUUUCUGUGCCAAACCAUUCGUGUGACCAGCAGUCCCCGCGGCAGUGGUGUUUCACCAAUAGCGUCACCAGCUUCUUGAUAUUAUCAAGUCUCAUUGGAAUCAUUUACCUGAUGCUGGACUAUCACUGCUACUCUUGUUCUAAAGUUGAUGCGACUGCUCUAGUGAAGACUGUUGAACAAAUAUCGAAAAAGGUAUAUACAAUGCAAGACAAAUACUACGAUUUACACACGAAAAUAUCACGUUUAUCACAAGAGCUGCCGAAGUUAGAAUCGCAAAUUAGCAUUUUGGAAGCAUUUGCAAACACCGCAGUACAAAAAGAAAUGGGUUGGGAUCCAAAGUUACCGUUGACACUGUCCAACCUCGAUGAACUACUCAAAAAGACUAUAUUGGACGAAGGAAAAAAUAACAGCAAAAGUUACAUGAAAUGUUCUAAAUGUUCGAAAAAGUCUAUCGUCCCAAGUACACUUCAACCAAUCGUCGUUAAUCAAGAUUAA